CGGACCCUCGUAUGUAUACUAUCUUCCCGCGUUAAAACACCCGUCUCUUUACAAAUCGGAAAUUUCCAAAUUCAACCAAAGUUAUCCACGCGCCGCCUUAUGAUGGAACAUCCAGACGGUGGUGCAGCGACGGAACAUAAGAUCAAUUCGGGUAUGAAUAAUCCGGAUCCGAAACAUGUGCAAAAGGACAAUAAUAAUAAUAAUAUUACUAUUGUAAAUGAGAAUAAUCAAAAUGGUAAUACUAAUAAUGAGGAGAAUGAGAGUAGUAUGAAAUCGGGGAAUAAAUCGAAGAAAUCGGUGCAUUGGAGCGAGGAAUUGGUGACGGAUCAGAGAAAAGCCGGAUCGAAUAAUCCUUACUUAGCUCAUUCUCCGGUUCUGGCUAACAAUUCCGUUAAUUUAUUCAAUAUCAAAAAUAAAAUGGAGAGUGUCAAAGAUGUACUUGGUAGAUGGGGAAAGAGGGUUGGUGAAGCAACAAAGAAGGCUGAGGAUAUUGCUGGCAAUACAUGGCAACACUUGAAAACGAGCCCUAGUAUUGCUGAUGCUGCCUUAGGAAGAAUUGCUCAGGGAACAAAGGUUCUUGCUGAAGGUGGUUAUGACAAGAUAUUCCGCCAAACAUUUGAGGCAGAUCCUGAGGAGAAACUCCAAAAUUCAUUUGCAUGUUAUUUAUCGACAUCAGCUGGUCCAGUAAUGGGAGUGUUAUAUCUUUCUACCGCAAAGCUUGCAUUUUGUAGUGAUAACCCCCUUCCCUACAAAACCGAAGACAAGACUGAAUGGAGCUAUUACAAGGUAAUUAUCCCGUUGUAUCAGCUUAAAGCAAUUAAUCCUUCAUCGAGCAGAACCAAUCCAUCAGAAAAAUACAUCCAAGUUAUAUCUGUUGAUAACCAUGAAUUUUGGUUUAUCGGAUUUCUAAAUUACACUGGUGCAGUAAAGUGCCUACAAGAGGCGCUACAAGCACACACAUUGCAAGUCGUGUGAGUCUGUUAUUGCUCCUAAUUUGUGUUAUAUAGAGAGGGCGUGCUCACGAUACCAAAAAGUUCACCUUCAUAC